AAAUUGAUAAGAAAAAAAAAAUGGUUUGCGAGAAGUGCGAGGCGAAACUGACGAAAGUCUCGGCCCCAAAUCCCUGGAAAACCAGCACCGCCCCAGCCGGUGGACGUAAGAUAAAUGAAAACAAAGCCCUAUCCUCGGCUCGGGACCGAUACAAUCCUAUGGGCUCGACCCUGGCACCUUGCCGCAUCUGCCGACAAAAGGUCCACCAGAUGGGAUCCCACUACUGCCAGGCGUGCGCCUACAAAAAGGCCAUAUGCGCCAUGUGCGGCAAGAAAAUCCUAAACACAAAGAACUACAAGCAGAGCUCAACGUGAUGCAUCCCAUGGCCAGACGACGCAAGGAUUUUAUGUAUAAGCCUAACCUAGUUCUAGACAACAGAAUAAUUAUAUCAGAUAGUAUCAACAAAUGCAUAGAUAAGUACGUCA